GCCAUUAAACCUCAUCUAAGAAGAAGAUCACAGCAUCGAGUCACCGCACGACACAGAAAACGAACCAGACCCUAAAAUACACGCCACUAAAAACACACAUGGAACUAUAGGAACGAGUAUAUCGGUGAAUACAGCAACAUUAGACGCACCUGACCAUUACCACAAGGUUACACAUAGCCGUAGUUUAUGCUAGGUUAUGUAUGCAGGGAGAAUUGCAGAUGCUGCGUGGAAGUGAAAUCUUUUAUGGAGGCUUGGAAGGACGCGGGGAGCGAAGAGCCGAAGUGGGGAAACUGGAGAUUGCUACAACGUACUGGAAACAGUACAGCUUCUGCUGGCUACGAGUGACCCACGCGCACGGGACGGGGUGGAAACAUGGCCGCGAAUGGCAACAAUUUAACAUCUGGGAUGGGAGAAAUUAUCCAACUGAACGUUGGUGGGACACGGUUCAGCACCUCUAGACAGACUCUCAUGUGGAUCCCAGACUCUUUCUUUUCAAGUUUGCUGAGUGGGAGAAUAUCAUCUCUACUGGAUGAAACUGGAGCUAUAUUUAUUGACAGGGACCCAACAGCCUUUGCACCCAUCUUGAAUUUCCUUCGAACCAAAGAGUUAGACUUAAGGGGGGUAAACAUUAACAUUCUCCGCCAUGAAGCUGAGUUUUAUGGGAUAACGCCAUUAGUGAGGAGGUUGCUGCUGUGUGAGGAAAUAGAACGUUCGUCCUGUGGCAGUGUUCUAUUCCAUGGAUACCUUCCCCCUCCAGCUCUCCCAGCCCGUAACUCCAGCCCUACCCCUGCAGCCUCUGGCCUUGCCACUGAGGAUCGGCCUGGUCCUAGCAGAGCAGAGGGGGGGUUCCCCCAAACCUGCCCCCUCCACCCCUCCCUUCCCGGACCCCCUGGAGCCGAGGGGCCACACAGACUGGGUGCUGUGGUGGAUCCUAGGAAGGUGCUGAUUGUAGCUGGACAUCAUAACUGGAUCGUAGUGGCUUAUGCACACUUUGUCAUCUGCUACAGGAUAAAGGAGUCGUCAGGGUGGCAGCAGGUGUUUUCUAGCCCCUAUCUGGACUGGUCCAUUGAGAGAAUCGCUCUCAACGCCAAGGUGGUAGGUGGUCCCCAUGGCGAUAAGGACAAGAUGGUGGCAGCCGCCUCCGAUAGCAACAUCAUCCUCUGGAGCAUCCAGGACGGAGGGAGCGGCAACGAGAUAGGUGUGUUUAGUCUGGGUGUACCAGUAGAUCAUAUGUUCUUCAUUGGGAACCAGCUAGUGGCCACCAGUCACACGGGGAAGGUGGGGGUCUGGAACGCUGUCACACAGCAUUGGCAGGUGCAAGAUGUAGUUCCCAUCACCAGCUGUGACACAGCUUUCUUUUUCCUUCUUCUGUGUUUUUUUUUUUUUUCUUUUUUUCACACAGACAUGCAGAAGUUUCCUUUGAGGAUGAAGGAUAAUGAUCUGUUGGUGACAGAACUGUACCACGACCCAUCUAACGAUGCUAUAACUGCCCUGAGUGUCUACUUCACACCCAAGACCAGUGUGAGUGGUAACUGGAUAGAGAUAGCGUAUGGGACCAGUUCUGGAGCAGUGAGGGUCAUAGUCCAACACCCUGAGACAGUAGGCUCUGGACCUCAGCUCUUCCAGACCUUUACUGUCCACCGCUCCCCUGUCACCAAGAUCAUGCUCUCUGAGAAACACCUUGUCUCAGUGUGUGCGGACAACAACCAUGUGCGUACGUGGGACAGUGACGCGUUCCGCAGGCAUGAUUCUCACGCAGCCUGGUCUCACCCCCUCGCCUCCUUAAGAUCUCUCAUUGGAGGAGCACUGAGAGCCACGGCAGCUACUACAUCAGGCAACGACAUUGGUGAGAGAAGGGGAGCGGGAGGGAAGGAGAAAGUGAAUAGAUAUGGUAAAUGGCAGGGGUGGAUGGACAUGUUAAACUCUUUCAUCCAGCUCACAUCAGUUCCGGUCUAUUCCAGUCUGAUGUGGUCUGUCCUGCUUGUCCCCACAAGGAUCUGUGAGGUGGCGGCAGUGGAUGGGACCACCAUCUCGUGUUUCACGGUUAGGGAGUGUGAGGGUUCUAGCAGGAUGGGUUCUAGACCCAGGAGGUACCUGUUCACAGGCCAUGGCAAUGGCAGCAUUCAGAUGUGGGACCUCACCACCGCUAUGGACACUGCCAACAAGGGAGAAGAGAAGAAGAAAGAUGAGGUGGGCGGGCCAACAGAAGAGGAGCUGCUUCAACUAUUGGACCAGUGUGACCUCAGCACCUCCCGCUGUGCCACGCCCAACAUCAGCCCCGCCCCCUCGGUGCUGCAGCCCAGCCGUCUCCAAGAGUCCUGCUCCAGCCUCCAGCUGCAGGCCCAGGAUCCCAUUCCAGAGACGGCCACCUACGGAGCUCUGCGACCCUACAGAGAGAGCCCACUGCUGGCCCGAGCCCGGCGCACAGAGUCCUUCCACAACUACAAAGACUUCCAGAACUUCUCCCUAGGGAAAGGCCUGCUGGAGAGCCCUGAACAGGCUCCAGGACAGAGGGCACGCCCAGGUACAGAAGCCAGAACCCGGUCGCUGUGUGAGGCUGGGGGAGAGGAGGUGGAGAGGAGGGGCUCUGCCAUGGAGCUCUGGGCUAGCCGAACCACUAAUGCCGCUUACGCUAACGUCGUUGCUAACGUUGCUGUGGUCAUAGACGCAGCUGAGGGUAUCACAGAAUCGCCACGGCAACCGCCUGAGAGCCCUUGUGGAGACGUUCGUCGAAGGGUCCAAUCGGAGGAGGAGGAGUGGGCGGGGCUUGGAUCAGGGGCGAAGGCUAGGUCUGAGGUGAGGAGGAAGGCAGGGUUUGAGGGAGGGUUGUUUCUGGGCAGGAAGAGGGCACCUCCCGUCCCCCAGCUCUCCUCGCUGUCCUCGGGGGUGUCCUCGGGGGGAUGCAGUGACUCCUCCUCCACCGCCUCCCCCUCCCCCACUAAGCUGGCCUCCACUUCCCCCCGACACAGGAAGUGCAGCGAGCCGGCCAAUCAGGACAGCAGCCUGUGAGUGAAGGACAGCUCUGAUGCAGACACGCCCCUUGUGUUUGUCAGUCAACAGCUUCAGGUAGAAGUUACCCCCGUAAACACUGAUCUAGGACCAGCCAACCCUCCACAACCCUAACCAUUAGGAGGAACUGGCCUUAGAUCAGUGUCUGAGGGCAACUUCAUCUCACAGGCAACACUCAUGUAUGACAUCUCAAAAAAAAGCCCUAUAUUCUCAGUCAAGAGGAAGAAACUUGACGCAGCCUAAGGAUCAUGACUUUAACCCUUUAUAUAUCUCCAUCAUUGCUAGUAUCUGGUAGCUACACAAUUAAUAAUAAUAAAUCAUUUGGUGGGUGCUUAUAUUUGUUCUAACGUCAUACAUGUACAAGUGUGUAUUAAUA